ACAACAAUGGCUGUUCAAGCUCAGUACCCAACAAAUGCUCUCAUCCACCACAGAAGCUUACAAGAAGAUAGAAAUCAAAUUGGGAAAGAUUACUCGUUACAACCACAAAUAGGUGCUAUUGAUUCAAGAUUUCUUGAUCAUCAAUCUCCUAACGACAUCUUUUUGGAUAGUUUUCCAGGUAUUGUGGAUCAAUCUGAUCCAAGAAAAAGAGGAAGAGAAGCUGGUUUGAAUCAACAUCAACUCACUGACAUCACCCGGCUCCAUUCCGGAGUAAAUACCGGUCUCCGGUUAGCAUUUUCCGAUCAGCAACGGCAAUCUUCGAUUGGUCUGUAUCCAAUGUCAAAAGACUUUUCGACCCAAAUCAACCAACAACGAGAUGAAAUCGAGCAUUUCCUGCAAAUCCAGGGAGAAGAGAUACGGCGUACGCUAGCAGAGAAGAGACAGAAGCACUAUCUUGCACUGCUGGAAGCGGCUGAGGCGUCGGUUUCCCGGAGGUUGAAGGACAAGGAUGCGGAGGCGGAGAAAGCCGUGUGGCGCAGAGCCGAGCUGGAGGCUCGCGCUGCGCAGCUUAGCAUGGAGGCGCAGGUGUGGCAGGCGAGAGCGAGGGCUCAUGAGGCGGAGGCGGCGUCUCUACAGGCUCAGUUGCAGCAGGCUUUGGUGAUCGGCGGCGGCGGAGGAGGAGGUAGGUAUUGUAUAUCACAAAUUGAGGAUGCGCCACCAGGGUGCGCCGCCGGUGAUACAGAGGAUGCCAAAUCGGCGUACAUUGACCCGGAACGAGUUGUGGUGGCGAGUGGACCCGGUUGUAAGGCGUGUGGGAAACGAGUUGCCUCGGUGGUGCUGUUGCCGUGUCGGCAUCUAUGCGUUUGUAGCGAAUGCGACGGCGUCGUAUUGGCUUGUCCAUUAUGCCUUUCCUUGAGAAGCUCUAGUAUCGAAGUGUACAUGUCAUGAUGUGGGAGCCAAUCCCUUCUUGCCAAGUAAUGUGGGCCCAUUAUAGCCAAGAGGGUAAAAUUGGAAUUUGGUCCCAUUAUGGCCAAGAGGGUAAAAUUGGAAUUUGGCACAAGAAAAGGAAAAUGACGAAUAUAUCCUUGUAUUUAUUUCAAACAACCCAACUUCUAAAACUAUAAUUUUUUUUUAUACCAAUCCAAACAAACAAAAGCAAUAAA